AUGCUUUCGGGCUCCCCACCACUAAUUUCUUAUCCCUUCUACCACGUUUUUGCUACAACACAAACGUACAAGUUGUAGUACAAGAAUACAUGCAAAACAUACAGUACCGGACAUAAAUGGUGUUCAAUUUUUUGAAGGUUAUACAUGCGAUUUUCUUAUACCCUCUUAUGCAAAAUAGGGAAAUGACUUCUCUCUACAUAUAGUGUGACAUUUAACUGAAAAAUAUAACCAUGCAACUUCCAAUUUUAGAUGGUAAUUUUUUUUAAAAAACAAUUUUAAACAUAAUACGAAAUUUUUAUUGUAUAUUGAAAACAUACAUCACAACUACAUUAAUUCGGUCAAGAUGACAACCAUCAAACUGCAGACCAAUGAUGGUGAGAUUUUCGAAGUUGAUACCAAAAUUGCCAAACUCUCAGGAACAAUUAAAUGUCUGGUGGAAGAUUUGAAUCCAAAUGAUGAUCAAGAUGAUGAUAGAGAAGAUGAAAUCAUUCCUCUAUCCGAAGUCAAUUCAACUAUUCUCAGAAAAGUCAUAGAAUGGGCCACUUAUCAUCAAGAUGAUCCGUUACCACUAGAAGACAACGAUAUAAUGGUGCCGAAACGAAGUGAUGAUAUUAGCGAGUGGGAUGCUAAUUUUUUGAAGGUCGACCAAAAAAUUCUCUUUGAGAUUAUAGCGGCCGCUAAUUAUUUGGAUGUAAAAGGACUCAUGGAAGUUUCUUGCAAAACUGUUGCAAAUAUGAUAAAAGGACGAUCACUUGCCGAAUUAAGGGCACUUUUUGGGGAGAAAAAAUCGGAGUAGUUAAGUGAUAAACGAAAAUAUAUUUUUUAUUCAAUAUUAAAUUAAUUAAUAUUACGUAUCGUUAUGCAGUAUUUAAUUCACAAAGAAUAAAUUACAUAUAAUUAGCUCAAAACAGCCAGUUCCAUUGUGGGACUGCGUUUAUUUGAUGAUGAAAUUACUUAAGUUAUCUUUCUAUUUCACCGUGAAUCCAAUACAUUAAUUACAUCAGAAUUUUGUGAUUCAAAGGAUACCAUUGAAUUACUUACUGAUCUUACUUUUGAUUAUAUCAGGACUAGAAUAUGUAAGAUGUACGAGUGAACAUAGCUCAAAUGAUAAAAAAGGUUUGUGGCAUCUUUAUUAAAUUAUGUUUACAAAAAUAAAACUGUUUAUACCUUUUUAUCUAUCGUAGGCGAUUAUAAUACUGUAAAUUAAAUAUUUUAAAA